UCCUUAUUACAUAUUUACAAAGUAAGAAUGGCAUGUACAGUAAUUCUUAGAAUUGUGAAAAUUAUUGUUUAAUUAAUAUAUCCUGGUGAAAGUUGCAUCAAUAGUUUAUUUUAAAUCAAAUGAAAGUUCCCAAAUGGAAAAUGUGCAUUUGUGUAAAUUACAACACAUGCAUGAAUAAUACCUGAAAAAUAUUGUGCAUAAAGUUUACCAACUGAAAAAUUAAUCUGAAAUAAGAUUUGUAGCUCUGAUAGACUUGCAUUACACGUAACUAUUACUUAAACGUAUGAUGUUGUUUUAACAAAAAUAUAAGAAUUAUCAUGAUUUCAGCUCUGACUUCCCCCCUCUCGUCUGUGUGGUCGAGGUUUGUGUUUCCGCACACAGUACGAGAUGUGUGAAUGAUCACUAUAGCAGAUAUUAUUCAUCUGGAUCAGAUCAUGAAGAUCAUACAGCUGCAGAUCUAUCUGUUCAUGUUGUAUCAAGCCUCAGAGAGUCUAACAAACAUAACAGUAACUUUAGGAUCUGAUGUGAAUAUAACGUGUGAUCUUGAUAUAGAGGAGAUUUACUGGUACAAACUGAAAUUACCGGAUCCUCCAGUGUUGAUUUUACGCACUUUCAGCAGCACAUAUGAAGGAGGCAAAUAUGAAAACAUCACCUAUAAACACAAAUACUCAGUGAAAACUAACAGUCGUCUGUUCAUCAAGAAUAUCACCAUUGAUGAAUUAGGAGUUUAUUAUUGUGUGAAAACUAGUGAACCACCAAAAAUCAGCAACGGCACCAAAAUCUACAUCAGCGACUCGGUCGACAGGAAUCAGACAGAAGAUGCUUCACAACGGCAGAUACCAUGGAGAAAUAUGACCAUCAUAUUCAUCCUGCUGAAUGUGCUUCUGAUUAUUGCAGUGAUAGGUUUGCUGAAGAGCUGCAUUGACGCAACUAGAAGAUCUAAAAAUACUUCAGAGAAACCUCAAAAUACCACCGAAGCUCAAAACACAAAUGAUCCACAGUAUGCUCAAGUUGAUUUCACCAAGCUCUCCAGACGAAACCGGCCUUCUCAGGAUCAGACCACCUACUCUUUUCUUCAGCCCGUAAAAGCUGUAUAAAGUAUUAUCCAUUAUAAAUCUAAAUCGCAUAUGAAUUUCUUUACAAAACUAAAAUAUGUUAUUUUUGUUAUACUUGUAAUGCUUCUCAAAUGUCAAUGAAAAGCAAGAUCCCAUUAAUGAACAAAAUUAGUGUUUUUUUUUCUGGUGUUUAAUGGAAAUAUAUACAGUAUUGUAUAUAUUAAUACUGCACUAUUCUCUGAUGUAGUUGUCUCUAUAGACCUCUUUAUAAAUGUUUGUUCUUGCCAGUGCUCUGAGAUGUUCAUGCUUGCAGUAAACCAGAAGGCAAUGUGGUUUCUGUGUGUUUUAGAGCAACUUUUUACAAAUGAAAAUUUGAGCUACUUUGUGUAUGUGUAUUUGUAUGUUAAAUAAAUUUGGCAUAGAACUAGA